AUGGCAGUUCAUGAGAUGCUUCUAAAGUUUCGUAAGCUUUGUGUUGCUGGCUACUGUGCUCUUGGCUGUUCUGGGGAUUGCCCACACAGAAAGUAUGUAGACCGCAGUAUGCAUGGGAAUUUUUCAAAUCUACCAACGGUAUUUUUAUUUCCUGACCGCGAGGUAUUGUGUUUGGGAGAUAGGGUGAUAACCUAUCUGCCACGCUGUGCUGAUACAAAUUCUGAAGUUCGGAAAAUUUCUGCACAGAUUCUUGACCAGUUCUUCAGCAUUUCCCUUUCCCUUCCAAAAGCUGCACUCUCAAGUGGGUUGGAUUCUGAAGAAUCCUAUAAAGCCUUGUCUUCGCUUGAGGAUGUCAUUGCCAUUUUGAAAAGUGAUGCCUCUAUUGAUCCAUCGGAAGUUUUUAACAGAAUUGUUUCAUCCAUUUGUGCUCUUUUAACGGUGGAUGAGCUCGUAGCUGCCUUGCACAGCUCCACUGCGGCUAUAUGUGACAAAAUCAGGCAAUCUGCGGAGGGAGCCAUUCAAGCGGUUAUUGAGUUUGUUUCAAGAAGAGGGAGUCAGCUUAAUGACAAUGAUAUUUCAAGGACGACUCAGUCCUUGCUCUCGGCAGCAGUUCAUAUAACUGAGAAGAAUUUACGUGUUGAAGCUAUUGGAGCGAUCUCUGCACUGGCAGAGAACACACAAUCAUCGAUCGUGUUUAGUGAAGUGUUGGCUGCUGCUGGAAAGGACAUCGUGACAAAGGACAUAACUAGGAUGCGUGGUGGCUGGCCAAUGCAAGAUGCAUUUUAUGCUUUUUCUCAACAUACAGAGCUUUCAGUUUCGUUCAUGGAACACUUGAUAUCUGUUCUCAAUCGGAGUUCUUUAGUUAAAGGUGAUUCACAUAAGGGAGAUAGUACAAGCUCUUCUUCUGAAACACAUGUAGAAGAUGAAUUACUUCAAGCUGCCAUUUUUGCUCUGACUGCUUUCUUUAGAGGUGGCGGAAAAAUUGGAAAGAAAGCUGUUGAGAAAAGCUACUCUUCCGUCCUUGGGGCACUUACUCUUCAAUUAGGAAGCUGCCAUGGACUUGCAAGCACUGGUCAGCAAGAUCCAUUACGAGUACUUCUGACUUCAUUCCAGGCUUUCUGUGAGUGUGUUGGUGAUUUAGAGAUGGGCAAGAUUUUGGCUCGUAAUGGAGAGCAGAGAGAGAAAGAAAAGUGGGUUGAUCUUAUUGGCGAUAUUGCUGGAUGCAUUUCAAUAAAGAGACCAAAGGAGGUUCAACAUAUUUGCAUAAUUCUAACGAAAGCACUAAACCGUCCACAAAGAUUCCAAAGGGAAGCUGCUGCGGCUGCAUUGUCUGAGUUCAUACGCUACAGUGGUGAUUUUAGUUCUGUGAUGGAGGAGAUGGUCGAAGCACUCUGCCGCCAUGUGUCAGAUGAUUCUCCGACUGUAAGGCGCCUUUGUCUGAGAGGAUUAGUGCAGAUGCCAUCUGCUUGUAUGAACCACUACACAACUCAAGUUAUUGGUGUAAUAUUAGCGUUGCUCGACGAUUUGGAUGAGUCAGUGCAACUAACUGCUGUGUCAUGCUUAUUGAUGGUUAGCAUGGACCCGAAGAUGAGAGCCAACGCAUUUGCAGCUUUUGGAGCAUUAAGUAAAUAUGCUACUGGAGGGCAACGGGAGGGAUUUGUUGAGCAGAUUCAUUCCACCCUUCCCCGCUUGGUAGUACACCUCUAUGACGAUGAUCCUAGCAUAAGACAGGCUUGUCGGGUAACCCUCAAGCAGUUUGCUCCACUCAUGGACAUACAAAAUCAUUCUACGCUGUAUGAUUCACGUGCUUUUGGUUCUGACGAUAGGUAUGUCCUACGAGCACCAAAUCUCUUUUGUGCAAAAUGAUCUCCUUUAUCUUCUAAAAUUGUUUAUAUUUUUAGAAAUGACUAUGAAAACUUCGUAAGAGAACUCUCUAGACACUUGGUUCAUGAGUCGGAAAGAGUUGAUACUUACAUGGCCUCAACCAUCCAGGCUUUUGAUGCACCGUGGCCAGUAAUUCAGGCAAACGCAAUACACUUCUCCACCACCAUGUUAUCACUCUCAGAGGAUCAUCAUAUAUUCUCUCACUACUAUCCACAGGUGUUUGAAACGUUGGUUAACAAGAUGACCCGGUCACAAGAUUCAGUUGUGAGAGCGGCAUGCUCAUCAGCCUUUGGGUUGCUUCUAAGAUCAACCAAGUCAACAUUGUGGAGAGGAGCUCGACUUGAUCGGACUGACUCAGGUAGAAAAUCCAAUGAUCCCGAGUCUGCUAAGAAAUAACACUGUCUAUUGCGGUCUGUGUGAAUAUACCAACCAGUUACUGCCAACAUAAUCUGGAGGGUUUGCGAGAUAUAUAUCAAUAGGGACAGUGUGCAACGUGAAACCCGUCAGGUUUGUGUGUUUGUUGUAAAGUGUUUUAUGUUUUCAUCUUGUAAAGAAGCGACUAGUGUGGUCAUCUUCAUUACCGAACUCAUUACACGAAUUGUUGUAGGCUCUGGACCUUUUUGUUCCUCUUUUAUUGAUUGUGGUUUCCGAAGCUUCUGGUAUAUAGUUGUUUUGAAAGUGUCCAAAACUUGAUCUAUCUUCAUGUAUUGUUUUUAUUUGAUCGAUCUUUAAAGUUUCAA